AAGAACUCAUGUCGAAACCUACUCACCGGUUAAAAUGUAAACUGUGCUAUAUUGUAAUCCCCUUAAACACAAGAUUUAAUUAAAUUUAUAAAUUUAAUUUAUAUGUAAUUAUUGUAAAUAUACGAUUAAUAAACACGAUGAUGUACAGAGGGCCAAAAAUGCUUAUUUUAAUGAUUUUAUUUACCAUCCUAACUCUACUCAAGUCGGACGAAAUAGAGGAAAAAGAGGGUGUUAAAUAUGCGAAUAAGUGCGAAGUAUGCAAAAUAUUGGCUGUCGAGUUGGAAAGCCGUCUCGAGGAAACCGGCAAGACGUCGGAAGUUAUCGAAAUCGGAUACUCCGUAGAGAUGCCGAAGAGGAAAACCCAAUAUAGGAAAUCCGAGUUGAGGCUUCUUGAGUCGCUCGAAGGAGUUUGCGACCGCAUCCUGGAAUACAACAUACACAAAGAACGGCAGGACAGCACUAGGUUCGCCAAGGGGAUGAGUCAAACCUUCAAAACACUGCACGGUUUAGCGGAUAAAGGAGUUAAAGUUGAAUUGGGAAUUCCAAGAGAACUUUGGGACAAGCCUUCUGCCGAGAUUACAAAUAUGAAGGCUCAAUGUGAAACAUAUUUGGAAAAUUACGAAUCGGACAUUGAAAAUUGGUACUUCAACGAUCAGGAGAAGGUGUCGUUGAAAACAUAUUUAUGUGAGGAAAGGGUGUUAAAAGGUACAGACAGCUCUUGCCUACAAGAGACGUUGGUUGAAAACAAUAAGAAAAAAGGCGAUAAAGGUGGUGUCUUUAUCUCUUUUAAACCAUUUACAGUUACUUUAUGCGGAAAAAACAAAUAAACUUAAUUUAGUGCA